AUGCAACCAUUGAUAGAACAACCACAGUUUCUACUUGAGCCCAAAUCCUUAUACAUUUUUGAAAAUCAACCCAUCCAGCUUGAAUGUAAAGCUAUUCGAACGCGACAGAUAUUCUUCAAUUGUGAUAAUAAAUGGGUGCCAGAGAAUGAACAUAUCAAAUCGACUGAAAUCAAUGACAGAGGCGUCAAUGUGAUUAUCACCAAAAUACAAUUGACAGUUGAACAAGUCGAAUCGAAUGCAUACAAAUGUUUUUGUCAAGCAUGGUCGGCAACAGGUGGAACGUUGAAAUCUCGAACGGCAACGAUUGAAAUCGCUUAUUUGGAUAAAAUUUUUGAAUGGGAACCAUUAAAAACUGAUAGCGUGAUCGGUAAAUCAGUUGAACUACGUUGCCGUCCACCAAGUGGCAAUCCAUAUCCGAAAGUAACCUGGUUGAAAGAUAAUCGACCGGUUGAAAUCAAUCGUAAUGGUCGGUUUAUUCUUUCGAACGAGAAUUCUUUACUUAUCGCACAAGUCAGAAAGAUCGACGCAGGAAAUUAUACAUGUGUUGCAUCGAAUAUUGCUGGAAGUUAUUCAAGCGAGCCUGCCGAAUUAAUUGUUCAUGAUAAUCGCGGUUGGUCAGACUGGCAACCGUUCUCAGAAUGCAAAGGUAUACCGUGUAGUACUGGUCGUCAACGUCGUGUACGAACAUGUUUGAAUCCGCCGACGGUCACAAACCGACCUAGUUGUGAUGGCGAACAUAUGCAAGAACGAGAAUGUCCUGUACCUUGUCUACAAGAUUCACCGAAAGUUCAAGAUGUUCCCAUUUCUGAAUGGUCAACUUGUGUGGGCAGUCCAUGUCAGAUAGGUAAACAAAAACGUGUUCGACUCUGUUCCAAACAAACACCAUGCAAUACUGAAGAAAUUGAAGAGCGAGACUGUUCUGUACCUUGUACAAAUUCCAACACAUCGAAUGGUAUUUAUUCCGAUUGGACAAAUUGGUCAACAUGUCGUCUUCCGGAAUGUAGAUCCAGUCGUACACGUCAGUGUUUACAAGAGCCAUGUCGUGAUUAUUUAAUCGAAACUCGUUCAUGCAAAGAAAAUUUUUGUUCGAGUACUUUCGUUUCGUCAUCGACUCUCAAUGCUGUUGUUUAUUCAUCGGCUGGUAUCGGUGUGCUCAUAUUUCUUUUGCUUGCGAUAUUAUUUGUUAUAAUAUGUUGCCGUCGUCGACAACGCCUACCAACAAAAAAAGCUCGAUCAAACUGUAUUCCAACAGCAAAUACCUGUGGUGGAUGUCACAUAGAAAAGAAUGAUUACCCGUUCUAUUAUUCGAUUCAACAAGACACGAAUUCAACACGGUCUUGCGCAUCGCACAACAAUACAAUUUCAUUGACGAAUUCUGAUGUUGGUGUUGAACGUGAAAGAUUUCAUUUCUUCAAUGAUUCACCAUCGAAUUUUUCCAAUCAAAAUCACUUAAAUUUUGUCUACGAGAAGAUUCUGCAAACUUUACCGGCACAUACCGAUCUACGGUAUUUUGCUGUCUCGAUUUUGAACAAUACAGGCUGUCAAUUGAAAAUUCCUCAUACGGGUAUCAAACUGACCAUACCUGAAGAUGCCGUUCUUCUCGAUGAAGAUCAUUUGAUUUACGUUGCUUUACUUACAGCAGAAAAUCAAAUGCCCACGCUGACGACAAAUCAAACGCGUUUAUCACCUGUUAUAUUAAUCGGUCCGUCGGACAUAACUUUAGUUAAACCAGCUGUUCUCUCGUUCGAACAUACAGCAGUUUUAGACACAGCAUGGAAAUAUAAUCUAAUGUUUUGUGAUGAUUCGAAACAUUGGAGAUGUAUUUUAACUUAUGGACAAGAGAACAUCUCGACACCAGUGCACCUGCAAUUCGCUCAUGACCAACAAGCGUUUAUCUUAUUUGAGAACAUAGGUGCAUAUGCAUUGAUUGGCGAAUCGAUAUUAAAUCAGCAAGCAUCGAAAUACAUUCAGAUGGCUUGUUUCUAUGGUCAAUCUGCAUUACGUCUUCGAUUUUUCGAUAAAACUUCGGAUGCAUUUGAGCAUUGUUUAAACGAAGAGACGGCAAUGAAGAGUUUCUUAUGUGAUCAACCAAAACAAUUUAUUAUACAUGAUAAUCAAGAUCAGAUAUGCAUGAAUGUUGACUUAGAAUUAUCGACAAUGUCAAGAAUUAACAUCGGCUACAAAGAAAUUCCAUUUGCAUCAUUCUGGACAAAUCGAAUCGAACGAUCUUGUUUCAUUUUCCUUAUUCCGAACUUACAACCAAACCAAGCGGAUCCCGAUAAGAAUUGUAUGGAACAAUUUACCAUACAUGUUGAUGUGUACCAACCAAAUAUAUUCACAAGUGCUUUGCAUACACGUCUGCUCAUCAAUACACAUAAUUUACAAUAUACAUCUGGAUGGGAUGCAACAUCGAUGCGUCCGCACCAUUUUCCUCAAACAUCAGAAAAACCGUCAAGAUUGCCAACAGUAAUUCGACAGAAACUAUGUCAAAUACUCGAUCCACCAACUACAUUAGGAAACGAUUGGCGAAUGUUUGCAAGUAAUCUACUCGGCAUCAGUUAUCUUCAAUACUUUGCAACAAAAACCAGUCCAACAGAACACUUGCUCACCUUAUGGGAUGCUCGUCAAGAAUCAUUUGUAAAUAUGAUUAAUGUUCUUAAUCAAAUCGGUCGUAGCGAUGCUGCUUGUGUUAUCAUAGCGCAUAUGAAUAUAACAAAUCCUUCGCAGGAUGCGGAUGUAACGUUGUUGUGCUACGAAAUUCGGUUGUUGCAAGAGAAUGAUACAGUUUUCGUUUACUUUUUCAAAAACACUAGCCCAAAUGGAGUUUGGCAUCGAAUGAAAGUUCGCGAUGGCGAUCGAUUAGUGAUUCUCAAUGGGGAAGAAACGUUACGGAAGACUCAAGAAAAUGUUCAUUCAAUUCUGACAGAUAAAACAUUUUCAUUUACAUUUCAAGUUGUUUGGCAUCCAGAACUUUAUAUUCAGCUGGAAAACAAUACGGAGGAAAUUCUGAGAAAUAUGUUAGAAAUCGAUAACUUCUUCAAGAUCAUUGGUGUUGGUUUGAAUAUGGAAAGAGAAAUCUAUUGGAUAUGGGUUUCGAUGAAAAUGCUAGCGAUUGAGAAUCCAAACAUUCAAAAGUUACGUUUUUGGGGUAAAAUUUUCGGCAUGCGGAAUGACUAUUAUAUCGUCGAAGCGGAUUUUCAUUCGUUUGAUGAGAUUGACUCUAACGAUUCAGAAUUUAUUACAUAUCAAAGUAUGUUCUCUGCUGAAGAAGAAACGAAUAUGACUACCAAUAAGAAAAUACCACCGGAACUUGCGGGUGAGGGUGUCAAUGAAAAAAUCAUCUAUGUUUCAACAGGAAUCGAUCAACCAUUUGUACAAUUACCACUGGUCACACCUGAACAGAUUGAGCUAUCUCGUCAGAUUCAACGAUUUUUCACUGGUGAUCUCGAAGCAGCGGUACUGUCGCCCUCGGGUUUUCCAGGUGUUGAGAAGCAUCUAUUACGAGCACAGAUACAACGAGUCAGUGCGGGUACACAAAUAGCGCCAAAGGAUUAUUUUCGAGUGUCAAUUCGUGACGAGAGCGAAGAAGAAGAAGAAGAAUCGUCGAGUGAAGAUAGCAAUGUACAGAAUAUAAAAUUCAAAAUCAACGAUGAUUUCAAAGGACAUACAAUUGAAAAUCUUGCGCUGAGCAGUGGUGAAUAUUGGGUUCACUGUGUUCCCUAUUUGUACGAGCAGGGCCGACAUAUUUAUUAUUCGCAACUAGAUGGCAAUGCCAAACCUAAAACACAUGUCCAUUCAUUUUCUUCAUUAAAUGACGAUAUUGCUAUUGACGAAUGUCACUCCGCAUGGUCAAUUGGUAUCACCUCAACCUGUGUGCCCACUUAUGCAAAAGCAUUUGUUCGAUCUAAUCGUUGGCCAGGUGCUUUCACUGUUGGCGAUCGUCAUCGGUUUGAAAAUAUUUACAUUGGCUGGGGUUUGAAAAAUUUCAAUGAAUGUUCGCAAGCCAGUAUGAUCAAUAUAUUUCCUCAAAAUGAAUACAAGUUCGACUUGAUCGAAAAAGAUGAUCCAACAGUGGAGGAAGAAAAUGCACUGUUCAAAUCAUCGAUACUAUUGUCACCGGAUGACAAUGAAGAGUUUGAAGAUAAUAUUGAAUAG